AUGAUUACCCCUUUAUCCCAACCAAGCUAUCAGUCGACACGGGUUUUUUCUUCAGAUCUUCCAUCCCCCUCGUGUGUUCCGGAGAGCCAGGAAUUGGAGCGGCAGAUGGAUUCGUUCCCGUUUGACAUUGCUUCUUUGGAGGAAGCAAGUCUAGAGAUGGGAUAUCUCUUCUCCUUAGGCCACGAGGAGGGUUUCGAUCAGGUCAAGAAGAUUAUUAUUGACAAGGCUCAAGAUACGCAUCAGAAGAAAUUUCGGUCGUCGAGGACCAAGCUUGAAAUGGAGCGGAGGCGACUCGAACCAAUUACGGCGCCGAUCUCAGGUCCCCGUAAGAGGAAGUCGAAGGUAGGAGUCUUAACCAAUGGCAUUCAAUGA